UAAUCAUAGGCAUUGCUUGCUUUAAAAAAAAGAAAGAAGGAAAACAUAGAAAAUAAAACCGUAGUAUACACGUAUUGUCACGUUCCACUUUUGCAGAAAAAGGAAAAGAAAAAAAAGAACAGUACUACUAUAUAAUUGGUGAAGUGUGUGAUAGCGUCUCGGUCCACAUUUCUUGCAAACUACAGUCUCUAGCAAAACGGAGAAGAUUUUCGUAGGAUUACUUGAUUGAAGGCAUGGGGAGGUUGUUUGUGGUGAAUCUUGAAGGGAAGAUCUAUAGCUGUAGGCAUUGCCGCACCCAUCUCGCACUUUGUGAAGACAUCGCUUCCAAGUCUUUCCACUGCAGGCAUGGGAAAGCUUAUCUCUUCAAUAAGGUAGUGAAUGUCUCCAUUGGUGAAAAAGAGGAGAGAAUGAUGAUUACUGGCCUGCACACCGUAGCUGACAUCUUUUGUGUUGGUUGUGGAUCAAUAGUAGGGUGGACAUAUGAGACUGCCCAUGAAAAGACCCAGAAGUACAAGGAAGGAAAAUCUGUACUUGAGAGAGUUGGUAUUUUCGUGCAGGUACAAGGUGUCCGGUCCUGAUGGAAGCAAUUACUGGCACAGUCAUGGAGCACAUAUUGGUGGAAGUGAUGCAGAUGAUGCUUGAUUACAUUUCAUUUUCAAUUGUACAUUCUGGAACCCCAGAUGUUCUUAUUCAACUUAUGUGAAUUUCGAAGUUGUAAUUUCUCAUUUCAGCAGCAUACCCAACUUGCUGUCAGUAACAUUACUGAAGACAUCUGAUUGUUGAUACAGAAUUAGUUGUUCUUCAAACUCUCGUUGAAUCUUCUGUUACUUCUUGAAGGCUCGGUUGCUGGUAAAUUCUCAAUUUUAAUUAGGGUGUAGUCGCUGCCUAUUAAUUGUCUGUUGUAGUCAUUCUGCAGAAUGACUACGAUGUGCUCUCUUAAUGUAACUCGCAUCAGAAAUAAAUACAAAGAUGCAGCCAGUCUUAAUUUCUUA